AUGACAACCGGCCACGUCACAGAUCUCGCUCCCCUCAUUGGGAAGAAAGGUGUCAACGGGAUGAUGAUCCAGAACGGACUGCACAGCGCGGUAGCCGUUAUGCUGAAUGCAGAAGUCGAUAUUGAUAUGAUGAACGCAACCGCAACUGUAGUGCAAGAGACCAUGGGCUUGACCGCGGUAGGGACAGAGAUUGUGAUUUUGCCAUAG